AUGGCGGCCCUCCUACCGCUGGCGCUUGCGCUGGUGUUCCUGCUUAGCACGGCCGCCUAUUUGGCAUCGGACAAGAGCCGGAGGAACAUUCUCCUCUCGCGGCUGCGUCUCCAGGGAAGAGGCAGAGAUUCCGGCGCGAGCACGCCCCCGCGCUCGCUCUCUCCCGGCAAGAAGGGCAGCAGCUCCGACCAGCCCGACUACUCAGACACCUACCCGCCGUCGCGCCGCUUCACCCUCGCCGAAGUCAAGGAUGCCGCAACGAGGUUCAAGAAGCCUCUGAGCCAGCUGGCCCAGUCCCCGGAGAAGAAGGUCCUCCAGGCCCUCGACGAGAACAUCCUCACCACCACGCGCAACGUCUACACUGCCACCGAGUUUUCGGCCGAUGAGAUCAAGGCGCUUGGUGACUUUCCGGACUAUGCUUCACUCAGCGGCGUCCCUCUUCCCAAGGCGUAUCCCGAGUUCGACAUCAGCAAGGCCAAGCCCAAGCCGUACCGUCCGUUCCGCUGGGCUUACCAUCAGACCAUGUCAUUCACCAAGCUGGACCCCGACUGGUGGUUGGAGCUCGAAAGCACUUACGCAACACGCAUCAGCCAGCGUCAGGAGAUUUAUCGGCGCGUCGGAAAGCGCGUGCUCGACUGCAUGCCCGGUUGCGAACUGGCAUGCAAGGAGCUGAUGGAGAUGUGCCUUCAAUUCUUGAUCGCACGGUACCCGCACUACUUCCGGCUAGACGAGAAGGGGAUGGUCUUCCAUAACGGUAUCCUCAACACUACGUCCAACCUGAAGAGCGAGCCUCCCCUCGAGGUCAUCAUGAACAACGUCCCCGAGGACUUUGCCAUCACGCUGCGUGACGACAAGACCGGCCACUACUACCUGCGCGGCGGCGUCGUGUGCAGCUCACUCGGCUGGGAUCUAGGCACCAAGAUGGGCAUGCGCCUGGAUGAGAUCCAUCAGCCCAUCCCGGACUACAAGGAAAAGAUGCGCUUCUCGAUGGACCGUUACUUUGCGAAGAAGCCGACCGACAAGGCUAUACAGCGCGGCUCCUGGGGCCUCGAGGUCGACCAGCCGCUGUACAUGCCGGCCGGCGACCCGCACGAGAAGUACCGCGAACUCCAGGACCCCAGCCUUGACCUGUCACGCAUGAACUUGCGGGUCGACUGGCAAACGCUUCGGCGGCUGCCGCUGUCCGGCGCCAUCAUCUUCAACUUCAAAGCUCUCUUCACCCCCGUCGCCGCCUUCCGUGACGAGCCGUACGUGCCGAGCCUGGUGCUCAAGCUCUGCCGUGAAGGCAAGAAGAGCCUGAUGGAGUACAAGAACACCUGGCACACCGAGCACGUCGUCCUGCCCGCCAUGGAGUCGUUCCGGAAAGAGCAAGAGGAUAAGGGGCUGAUCCCGAAAGGUUGGGAGGAACACACAAUCGACGAGUACCCGCUCUUCCCUGGUUGGCAGGAGAAGUGGCAUCGCGAGCAAGGGUUCUAG